GUGCAUUAAAAGUGCUCAAUAAAUCUAUAUUUUCAUUUAUGAUUCUGUGAAAAAGGGUGAGAAAUUAGAGCACCAAAAUAUUACCCGACCAUCCCAAAUCAAUAUGUCUUGGAAUUGGUGUACUUCCAAACGCUGAACAAAAAGAAGGUGAAAAAUAGUGCUGAAUGUGAUUUAAUGUGACUCUUCUGUGAAUUACAAUGAGAACUUUUUGGGGAGGAAUACUUGGAGCAGUGGCUCUCUUGGCUUCCCUUCAGCCACUUCACUCCCAUCCGGGCGUCGCGGGAAAUGCCAAGCAGAAGGCACAAAAUGCAAUCCCUGAGGAUGAAAUGAUAGAGAUCCUCAACACAUAUAACACCGAUGCUGUUCAGUAUUGUAGGCGUCAAUCCCUGGCAAACUGGGAUGUACAAACUCACGUCGGAGAACCGGGUUACCAGGAAGUUCAGAUUCAGAGAUCUUUGGAAUAUGCCAAUUUCCGAAAGGAGCGCUACGACCUCUACUUCAAGGAUGCCGUUAUCGAAGACUAUACGAGUGAGGACGUACGCCGUCAAUUAAGUUCUCUAAAAAAUUUAGGAUCGUCAGCUCUAUCAGAUGAAGAUUUGGGACUGUUCACUACUACGAGGAACGCCAUGACUUCUAUCUACAACUCCGCUAAGAUCUGCCCAUUUACUCAGCCAGAUUGUGAGAGCGACCCAACUUUCACUGAUUAUAUGACCCUUGAUCCGGAGAUCGAAUUGCGGAUGGCUGAGUCUCGGGACUACGAUGAACUGCAAUAUAUCUGGACCGAGUGGAGGGAGAAGUCUGGAAAGUUGAUGCGAGAGGACUACAAGGAAUACGUAAGACUGAUAAAUCUUAUGGCCGAGAUGAAUGGCUACUCAGAUGCUGGAGAAAUGUGGCGAGCUCGUUAUGAAGUAGAUGGUUUUGAGGCAAUUGCUGAAAAUCUUUGGAAUCAAGUUGAGCCACUGUACAACGAACUGCACACCUAUGUUAAGCUAAAGUUGGAACAGUUGUACAAGGGUCGAUGGGAUACUCGAGAAGGAACCAUCCCUGCCCAUGUUUUUGGAAACAUGUGGGCACAAUCAUGGUCAAAUUUGUACGAGGACCUAAAGCCUUUCAAGAACGCUUCUCUUGUUGAUGUCACAUCGAAGAUGGUGGAAUUAGGAUAUGAUAUCAUGAGGAUGUUUGAAGACUCAGACGAAUACUACCAGAGCCUGGGGUUAGGAUCUAACCGAAUGAGCUACACAGGCGAGUCUAUAAUUGAAAAACCGGAGGAUCGUAUCAUAGCUUGUCAUGCUUCUGCAUGGGAUUUCUGCGAUGGAGAGGACUUCCGCAUCAAGAUGUGCACGAAAAUCAACAUGGUAGACUACAACACGGUUCAUCAUGAAAUGGGUCACAUAAACUACUACAUCCAAUACAGACAUUUGCCUCUGUUGCUGAGAGGUGGAGCCAAUCCUGGCUUCCAUGAAGCUGUUGGUGAUGCCAUCUCCUUGGCUGUUGGUACUCCUCAGCAUCUGCAAGUGAUCAAUCUGUUGGAUCAAUAUGAUGACAGCUACGAAGACAACAUCAACGCUCUGUUCAGCAUGGCUCUAGAGAGAGUUGCCUUCCUCCCAUUCGGCUAUCUCAUUGAUAAGUGGCGUUGGGAUGUGUUCCGUAAUGCAAUACCCGAAACCCAGUGGAAUACUCACUGGUGGGACUUGCGCCGUUUGUACCAGAAGAUAUCUCCACCAGUACCUCGAUCUGAGGAAUAUUUCGAUCCAGGAGCCAAGUAUCACAUUCCUGCUGACUCACAGUAUAUGUCUUACUUCACGGCGAGAAUUCUUCAGUUCCAGUUCUACAAGGCUAUGUGCAUAGCUGCUGCACAAUACGACGAGAGCAAUCCUCAAGCUCAACCCCUACACAAGUGCAAUUUCUACCAAUCCGUUGCGGCUGGAGAUGUAUUCAAAGCUGGUCUUUCCUUGGGUACCAGUAAGCACUGGUCUGAGGCUUUGGAAGCUAUUACUGGAUCCCGAGAUAUGGAUGCCAGUGCAUUGUUAGAAUACUUCCAGCCUCUCUACGAAUUUCUGAAGGUUGAAAAUGAGAACCUACGCAACGAAGCUAUGCAACAGAUGUUGCAGGAGUAUGAUGUUGAAGCUCAAGUUGAGGGUGCAAAGAUGGUUCAUUCUAGCUGGGCUGUAUCAACUAAUGUAGGCAAUACAGCUAUUCAGGAGCAGUACAACCAAGCUGUAAUUGAUUAUGCUGCCUUUUCCAAGCGCAAAUACGACGAACUCUUCCGUGGUAUCAAUCCAGAUGAUUACACAGAUGAAAGUGUUCAACGACAGUUGCUGUACUUGACCAAUCAGGGCAUCAGCAUCUUACCAGAAGAUCCACUUAGAAUCCGAACACAGGCAUUGUUGAGAAUGGAGAGCCUCUAUUCCGAUGCCGUAAUAUGUCCUUACAGUAAUACGAACUGUAACCUCCAGACAGACGAGGUCCUAACGCUUGAUCCUGAAAUUACCGAACGAAUGGCUCAUUCUACAGACUACGACGAACUUGAGUAUUUGUGGAAAGAGUGGCGAGAGAAGACUGGUAGGCUCAUGAGGAGUGACUUCCGUACCUACGUUGACUUUUCAAAUGCUGCUGCUGUAGCUAAUGGAUUUGAGGAUUACGGUCAUAUGUGGAGAACUGAAUAUGAAGAUCCUAAUUUUGCUGCAAAUAUGGAGAACCUAUGGACUCAGGUUGAACCGCUAUACAGUGCACUUCACACCUACGUUCGCCACAAGUUGAUCGACAUCUACGGAUCAGACAAGGUCAAAGUAGAUGAGGAGUUGAUCCCAGCUCAUCUUCUUGGAAACAUGUGGGCACAGUCCUGGAAUAAUCUCUACAGCAGAAUUAAGCCUUUCGAUGCUAGUGAGGUCGACGUAACUCAAAGCCUAGUGGAUGGUGGAUACGAUGCUUUCAAGAUGUUCGAAGCAUCCAAUGAAUUCUUCAUGUCUUUGGGUUUACCGUCCAACGAAAUGAGCUAUACCGGUCAGUCGAUCAUUGAGAAGCCAACGGAUCGGGUCAUAACCUGCCAUGCUUCAGCUUGGGACUUCUUGGAUGGUGAAGAUUUCCGCGUGAAGAUGUGCACUAGCAUCAACAUGGAUGACUUUAUCACGGUUCAUCACGAAAUGGGACAUAUUGCCUACUUCAUUCAAUACAAGGAUCAACCAAUAGUAUUCCGUGGAGGGGCCAAUCCUGGUUUCCAUGAGGCUGUUGGUGACUUGAUAGCCCUGUCAGUGGCUACUCCUACGCAUUUGCAGAAGAUAGGCCUGUUGCAGAAUUACGCCGAUACCAGGGAGGACAACAUUAAUGCCCUGUUCCAAAUGGCUCUCGAACGAGUAGCCUUCCUACCCUUCGGACUCCUGAUCGAUAUGUGGCGCUGGAAUGUCUUCAGUAACCAGAUUCCAGAGUCCAGAUGGAAUACCGAAUGGUGGAACAUGAGGAAGAAGUACCAGAAGGUUGAGCCACCAAAUGGAGAGGUUCGUGGAGAGGAAUACUUUGAUGCUGGAGCCAAGUUCCAUGUACCUGCCGAUAGCAAGUAUAUGUCCUACUUUGUGGCCCACAUCCUCGAGUUUCAGCUUCAUCGUGCCAUGUGCAUCACUGCCGGACAAUACGAUCCCAAUAAUCCUGAACAGAAUCCACUCCAUAAGUGUGACAUUCACAACUCCUUGGAAGCGGGUGAAAAACUCAAGGCUGGUCUCUCACUAGGACUCAGCAAGCACUGGUCUGAGGCCCUACGGGAGAUGACCGGAGAGACAGAACUGAAGGCAGAUGCUCUGAUUGAGUAUUUCAGCCCUCUGCUUGACUAUCUCAGGGAAGAGAAUGAGAAUUGGGAGCUCAACGAAUCAAGCAACAGGAUCCCUAUUAUAGUUGGGUCUGUUAUUGGUGCCCUACUGGCUCUUGCCAUAAUUGGAUAUGGUAUCUAUCUAUACAGAAAGAAGAAGUUAGCUAAGAAAAAUAUAGGAAUUAUAUCAACAAGCGCCGAGUAAAAGAACAGCAUAAUGUUGGUCAACGGUGCUACUGUACUAAAUAUUUAAACUGUAAUAUGCUGUACUCAAACCAAAUAAAAACUCCAUUUGCCACAAGGUGGCGUUUAUACCCAUUUUAAAAAA